AUGAACUUUCUCAUGGGCGUAACAGGUCUAGAAGAAGAGCAAAUCAAUCAUUGGUGGACAAAUCAAGAAAGUACUCGUCUUAAUAUUGAAAUUCCACCUGGAGACGUAGCGCCGAUUCCUGAAGUUGGCCUGUAUGGUUCUGAAAGCAAUGAUUAUGGUCUUGGCAAUGUUAAUUUGCCAAAUUCGAGUCUUCACCCAUUUGAAAACGACAUGCAAAACAUCGAAGACAUUUCCGGUCUGGGGAAUUGGCCUCCGCUUGAGCAGCCAUGCCAUCAUUUCCAGUGGGGCAUCACUCCAAACUUUUUUUCUAUGGGCGAGGAUCAGGCAGCAGGUCCACUGGAAUCAUGUCAGAAUUAUCAGACUUACCAAGGCAUAAAUCAAGCAAAUAGUACCUCGAUGUCUAAUUCGCAAUACAAUUUGCCUAGUGAUCUCCACAAAAACCAGUUCACCACUCGACACCACAACCUGGAAUCUAUCCCACGACCAUUCACUACAUUGAGGCGCAAAUCUGGUACAAAUCCGUACGUGGAACCAUCACCAGAUAUACCUCAAAGGGCUAUCAAGUACAGUUGCACAAUUUGUAGGCAGACAUUUGAACGCAAAGGUGCCAAAGGCGACUGGAAAAGGCAUGAACAGACAAAGUGUGAUCAACAGAAGUUGUGGUACUGCAUGCUAGAAGAGCCAAUCACGUAUACCCAGGUACUCAAUGCUUGGUCCUGCAUGCUAUGCAAUUAUGCUAACAGCGAUCGUGAGGAGAUGGUAAGCCACAUUUCUAAUCAACAUCGAUUCCAAAACUGCUGGGGAAAACCUCUGGCUAAAAGGUGCCACCCUAGAAAAGACAAGUUGAGGGAUCAUUUGAAGAAACACCAUAAUUUAUCGGAAGGUUUCACAGGCUGGGAAGCUUGGCAUCAAGAUCAAACAGAAAAAAAGGCUUGGGGCUGCGGAUUCUGCGGUGAUUGCUUUUUUACUUGGGAUGCGAGACUCGACCACAUUGCCGAACACUACGAAAAGCAAAGACUUGACAUUUCACAAUGGUCGUUGACAAAUGUCAUCAAAGGAUUGCUCAAGCAGGCCGGAGAAUGGGAUGUGUUAACCGCGUGGAUAAGUCUUGUCGGCCCCAGUGAUCAAUUGUACUCAUGGUUAUAUGACGACGCCCUAAUUUUGCAGCGCAAAUUGGAGUGUCACGAAGACACACCACAGAACCUCGCCCAAGAGGCAAGCAGAUUGGCAGAGAAAUCUUCUCAUAAUUUUGCCCCGCAGACUUGGCCUCUUUCUGAUCUUCAUGCAGCAAGGCUAGCGCAAGAUAUGUUUACUGAACCUUUGAGUAGAAAUUCAGGUCAAGGAGAUAGUGGCAACUCUUAUGGGAAUACUUAUAAUAUGGCAAAUAUUGGGCAAGUAAACUCCGGGAUACAAGUUGUCAUGACGCACGAAUGGACGAGGAGUUUCGGAAGCGACGUAUAUUUCUGUUUCAACGAUCUAUAUGAGGAGAUUUCUAGAAGGCAGACCUGGCUCUGUAUUGGAAGUAUGAUCGGUUCGGCGUUUUUCUUUACUUUUAUAGUUCAAAAAUCUCAGGUGAUGAAUGAUGGAUAUCGAAAGAAGGAAGACAGAAGUUAG